AGCAGCGGCGGUGGUCAAGUCUGCUCGGGUUCGGAGGGAGGAGGAGGAGGAGGAGGAAGAGGAGAGGGGGGGCUCCCACUUCAGAGGCAUCGCUCUGAGCCCGUGCUGCGCACUCACGAGCCAAAAAUACAUGCCUGCAUCUCGGCGGUGUGGAGCUGUUCGCUGCUGCCGCCGCAUUCGAGGGGGACGCCGAGCCGACCGCUGAUUCGCUGACGAGCACCAGGUGUCUACAUCGCACUGGUAAAACCCAGGGAAGAUGUCUCAUCGAAGUGGGCAAGAGGACCCGGAGCGGUACCUGUUUGUGGAUCGGGCCGUCGUGUACAACCCGGCCACGCAGGCCGACUGGACGGCCAAGAAGCUGGUGUGGAUCCCCUCGGAGCGCAACGGCUUUGAGGCGGCCAGUAUCCGGGAGGAGCGGGGAGAGGAGGUGCUGGUGGAGCUGGCAGAGAACGGAAAGAAGGUGGUGAUCAACAAGGACGACAUCCAGAAGAUGAACCCGCCCAAGUUCAGCAAGGUGGAGGACAUGGCGGAGCUCACCUGCCUGAAUGAGGCGUCAGUGCUGCACAACCUGAAGGACCGCUACUACUCUGGGCUGAUAUAUACUUACUCUGGUCUUUUCUGCGUGGUCAUCAACCCCUACAAGAACCUGCCCAUCUACUCAGAGAACAUCAUAGAGAUGUACAGAGGAAAGAAGAGACAUGAAAUGCCUCCACACAUUUAUGCCAUCUCCGAGUCAGCGUACCGCUGCAUGCUCCAAGAUCGAGAGGACCAGUCAAUUCUUUGCACAGGUGAGUCGGGAGCGGGCAAGACGGAAAACACAAAGAAGGUCAUCCAGUACUUGGCCCACGUUGCCUCCUCACACAAAGGACGCAAAGACCACAACAUUCCUCCCGAUUCUCCCAAAGCAUUCAAGCUACAGGGGGAGUUGGAACGUCAGCUCCUGCAAGCCAAUCCAAUCCUUGAGUCGUUUGGCAAUGCCAAGACGGUGAAAAACGACAACUCGUCUCGCUUUGGGAAGUUCAUCAGAAUCAACUUUGACGUUACCGGCUACAUUGUUGGGGCCAACAUUGAAACCUAUCUUCUAGAAAAGUCAAGAGCCAUCAGACAGGCAAAAGAGGAGAGGACUUUCCACGUUUUUUAUCGCCUGUUGGCAGGAGCUGGAGAGCAUCUUCGAACGGAUCUGCUUCUUGAGGGAUUCAACAGCUACAGGUUCUUGUCAAACGGCAACAUUCCCAUCCCGGGUCAGCAAGACAAGGAGAAUUUCCAGGAGACAAUGGAGGCGAUGCACAUCAUGGGUUUCUCCCAUGAUGAAAUAGUCUGCAUGUUAAAGGUGGUUUCUGCCGUGCUGCAGUUUGGUAACGUUGUGUUCAAGAAGGAGAGGAAUACCGAUCAAGCAUCAAUGCCUGAGAAUACAGCGGCGCAGAAGCUCUGCCACUUGCUUGGCAUGAAUGUCAUGGAGUUUACCCGAGCCAUCCUGACUCCAAGAAUCAAAGUGGGACGAGACUACGUGCAAAAAGCUCAGACCAAAGAACAGGCUGACUUUGCUGUGGAAGCCCUGGCCAAGGCGACGUACGAGCGGCUGUUCCGCUGGCUGGUCCACCGCAUCAACAAGGCACUGGACCGGACCAAACGACAGGGUGCCUCCUUCAUCGGCAUCCUGGACAUUGCUGGCUUUGAGAUAUUCGAGCUGAACUCCUUCGAGCAGCUGUGCAUCAACUACACCAACGAGAAGCUGCAGCAGCUCUUCAACCACACCAUGUUCAUCCUGGAGCAGGAGGAGUACCAGAGAGAGGGCAUCGAGUGGAGCUUCAUCGACUUCGGCCUGGACCUGCAGCCAUGCAUCGACCUCAUCGAGCGGCCGAAUAAUCCUCCAGGAAUCCUGGCUUUGCUUGACGAGGAGUGCUGGUUUCCCAAAGCCACAGACAAGACAUUUGUGGACAAAGUGCUGCAGGAACUGGGCACGCACGCCAAGUUCCAGAAGCCGCGGCAGCUGAAAGACAAGGCAGACUUCUGCAUCAUCCACUAUGCCGGGAGGGUGGACUAUAAAGCUGAUGAAUGGCUGAUGAAGAACAUGGAUCCUCUGAAUGAUAACGUGGCCACGUUGCUCCACCAGUCAACUGACAAAUUUGUGGCUGAGCUCUGGAAAGACGACAUUCAGACGUUUCAGAGAGCCUCUUUCUAUGACAAUGUGUCUGGGCUCCAUGAAGCUCCAGGUGAAUUUGACCGGAUUGUGGGUCUGGACCAGGUGGCAGGCAUGAACGAGACGGCCUUCGGCGCUGCCUACAAGACCAAGAAAGGCAUGUUUCGCACGGUUGGACAGCUGUACAAAGAGCAGCUGUCCAAACUGAUGGCCACACUCAGGAACACAAACCCCAACUUUGUGCGCUGCAUCAUCCCCAACCAUGAAAAAAGAGCUGGGAAGCUGGACCCCCACCUGGUUCUGGACCAGUUGAGAUGUAACGGCGUGCUGGAGGGGAUCCGUAUUUGCAGACAGGGAUUUCCAAACCGAAUCAUUUUCCAGGAGUUCAGACAGAGGUAUGAGAUCCUCACUCCCAACGCCAUUCCCAAAGGUUUCAUGGACGGGAAGCAGGCCUGCGAGCGAAUGAUUCAAGCGCUGGAGCUUGAUGGCAACCUCUUCCGUAUCGGCCAGAGCAAGAUAUUUUUCAGAGCCGGAGUCCUGGCUCACUUAGAGGAAGAGAGAGACCUGAAGAUCACCGACAUCAUUAUUUACUUCCAGGCCGUCUGCAGAGGAUACCUGGCGCGCAAAUCCUUCGCUAAGAAGCAGCAGCAGCUGAGCGCCCUGAAGGUCCUGCAGAGAAACUGCGCCGCUUACUUGAAGCUUCGUCACUGGCAGUGGUGGAGGCUGUUCACCAAGGUGAAGCCACUGCUGCAGGUGACCAGGCAGGAGGAGGAGAUGCAGGCUAAAGAUGAAGAGUUGGUCAAAGUGAAGGAGAAGCAGAUGAAGGUGGAGGGAGAGCUGGUGGAGAUGGAGAGGAAACACCAGCAGCUGAUGGAAGAGAAGAACAUCCUCGCGGAGCAGCUGCAGGCGGAAACGGAGCUGUUUGCCGAGGCGGAGGAGAUGAGAGCUCGGCUGGCGUCCAAAAAGCAAGAGCUGGAGGAGAUCCUGCAUGACCUGGAGUCCAGGCUGGAGGAGGAGGAGGAGAGGAGCCAGGGGCUGCAGAACGAGAAGAAGAAGAUGCAGUCACACAUCCAGGACCUGGAAGAGCAGCUGGAUGAGGAGGAGGCUGCGAGGCAGAAGCUUCAGCUUGAGAAAGUUACAGCCGAAGCCAAGAUGAAGAAGUACGAAGAGGAUAUUCUGCUGCUGGAGGACCAGAACUCCAAGUUCCUGAAGGAGAAGAAGCUGGUUGAAGACAGAAUCAAUGAAAUGACAUUGAUGCUCGCUGAGGAGGAGGAGAAAGCCAAAAAUCUGGGAAAGAUGAGAAACAAGCAGGAGAUGAUGAUGGUGGACUUGGAGGAGAGACUGAAGAAAGAGGAGAAAACCCGGCAGGAGCUGGAGAAGGCCAAGAGGAAGCUGGAUGGAGAGACGUCUGACUUCCAGGACCAGAUCGGCGAGCUGCAGUCCCAGAUAGAGGAGCUCAAAGUUCAGCUGAGCAAGAAGGAGGAGGAGCAGCAGAUGAUGCAAACCAGGGGAGAAGAGGAGAUCAACCAGAAGAACAACGCGCUGAAGCAGAUCCGAGAGCUGCAGGCCCAGCUGUCCGAGCUGCAGGAGGACCUGGAGUCGGAGAAGCAGGCCAGGAACAAGGCGGAGAAACUCAAGAGGGAUCUGAGUGAGGAGCUGGAGGCGCUGAAGACGGAGCUGGAGGACACGCUGGAUACGACUGCGGCGCAGCAGGAGCUCAGAACCAAGCGUGAGCAGGAGGUGGCAGAGCUGAAGAAAGCCAUCGAAGAGGAAACGAAAAACCACGAGGCUCAGAUUCAGGAGAUGAGACAGAGGCACGGAACCGCCUUGGAGGAGCUGUCCGAGCAGCUGGAGCAGGCCAAGAGGUUCAAAGCUAACCUGGAAAAGACCAAGCAGAGCCAGGAGAGUGCCAACAAGGAGCUGGCCAACGAGGUGAAAACCUUACAGCAAGCAAAGACCGAGUCGGAGCACAAGAGGAAGAAGCUGGAGGGUCAGCUGCAGGAGUUCAUGGCCCGGGUCACCGAGGGCGAGCGGGCCAAGGGCGAGCUGGCUGAACGCACACACAAGCUGCAGACCGAACUGGACAACGUGUCGGCCUUGUUGGAAGAUGCGGAGAGGAAGGGCAUCAAGAUGGCUAAAGAUGUCUCUGGAUUAGAGAGUCAGCUACAAGACACACAGGAGCUUCUCCAGGAGGAAACCCGCCAGAAGCUCAACCUGAGCAGCCGCAUCCGGCAGCUGGAGGAGGAGAAAGCCGCUCUGCAGGAGCAGCAGGAGGAGGACGAGGAGGCCCGCAAGAACCUGGAGAAGCAGCUGCUGAGUGUCCAGGCUCAGCUGUCGGAGAGCAAAAAGAAGCUGGACGACGACGUCGGAACAAUAGAAAACCUGGAGGAGGUGAAGAAGAAGCUCCAGAAGGACCUGGAGCUCUCCAGCCAGCGUCUGGAGGAGAAGACCAUCGCUUUUGAGAAGAUGGAGAAGACGAAGACUCGGCUUCAGCAGGAACUGGAUGACCUCACCGUUGACUUGGAUCACCAGAGGCAGAUUGUCUCCAACCUGGAGAAGAAGCAGAAGAAGUUUGACCAGAUGCUGGCCGAGGAGAAGAGCAUCUCGGCCCGUUACGCCGAGGAGCGGGACCGCGCCGAAGCCGAGGCCAGAGAAAAGGAGACCAAAGCUCUGUCCAUGACCAGAGCUCUGGACGAGGCGCUGGAGGCCAAAGAGGAGCUGGAGCGGAUCAACAAGCAGCUCCGAGCCGAAAUGGAGGACCUGAUGAGCUCAAAGGACGACGUCGGCAAGAACGUCCAUGAGCUGGAGAAGUCCAAGCGCACGCUGGAGCAGCAGCUGGAAGAGAUGAAGACUCAGCUGGAGGAGCUGGAAGACGAGCUGCAGGCCACGGAGGACGCCAAGCUGCGUCUGGAGGUCAACAUGCAGGCCAUGAAGGCCCAGUACGAGAGAGACCUGCAGGGCCGCGAUGACCAGAACGACGAGAAGAAGAGAGCUCUGGUCAAGCAGGUGCGAGAAAUGGAAGCCGAGUUGGAGGAUGAGAGGAAGCAGAGAGCUCUGGCUGCGGCAGCGAAGAAGAAGCUGGAGAUGGACUUGAAGGACAUCGAGGGACACAUCGAAGGCGCCAACAAGGCCCGGGACGAAGCUAUCAAGCAGCUGCGCAAGUUACAGGCUCAAAUGAAGGACUACCAGAGGGAGCUGGAGGACACCCGGGCUUCCAGAGACGACAUCUUCGCCCUGUCCAAGGAGACGGAGAAGAAACUGAAGAGCCUGGAGGCCGAGAUCGUUCAGCUGCAUGAGGAUCUGGCUGCAUCUGAGAGGGGGCGGCGUCACGCCGAGCAAGAACGAGACGAGCUGCAGGACGAAAUCUCCAACAGCACCUCCGGGAAAGCCGCCCUGAUGGAUGAGAAGAGGCGGCUGGAGGCCCGGAUCGCCCAGCUGGAGGAGGAGCUGGAGGAGGAGCAGGGCAACAUGGAGCUGCUCAACGACCGCUUCAGGAAAACAAACAUGCAGGUGGACACCCUGACCACGGAGCUGAGCGCGGAGCGCAGCACGGCGCAGAAGAGCGAAAACGCCCGGCAGCAGUUGGAGCGCCAGAACAAGGACCUGCGUGCCAAACUGAGCGAGCUGGAGGGUUCGGUGAAAAACAGGUUCAAGGCCUCCAUCACCGCUCUGGAGGCCAAGAUAGCACAGCUGGAGGAGCAGCUGGAGCAGGAAGCCAGGGAGCGGGCGGCGGCCAACAAGAUCGUCAGAAGGACGGAGAAGAAGCUGAAAGAAGUCUGCAUGCAGGUGGAGGACGAACGUCGCCACGGUGAUCAAUUUAAAGAGCAACUGGAGAAGGCCAACUCCCGCAUGAAGCAGCUGAAGCGGCAGCUGGAGGAGGCGGAGGAGGAGGCCACCCGGGCCAACGCCUCGCGCAGGAAGCUGCAGAGAGAGCUGGACGACGCCACAGAGGCCAGCGAGGGCCUCAGCAGAGAGGUUCACACCCUGAAGAACCGACUCAGACGCGGCGGCCCCAUCACCUUCUCCACCAGCCGCUCUGGCCGCCGCGCGCUGCAGGUGGAGGGAACCUCCCUGGACCUCGUGUCGGACGACGAGCUGGAAAACAAGAUCACCGACAACAACGCCAACGAGACCCCGGCCCCCCAGCAGGAGUAGAUGCGUACAUAUCACUAAACCCGCAACAAUCGCUCAGACUUUAACGCCGCCGACUGGGAACCCGCCGAUUCCUUCAUCUCUUCCGUUUUACUGAAUUUGUUUCUUUUUUUAAAAGUUAUUUGCCUAAUUAUUUCCCAGGUAAUUUUAGUCAGAAGCCCUUAUCAGAUUAACUUUUAGUAGACACCAGCAGCUGGACCCUCAACAGUCCUCCUUCAGCAAGGCAUUACCUGUGUUUAGUUACAGAGCUGAAGGCAGAAGUUUAGAAAUAGGAAAACUCAACUUUUGUUCAUAGAGUUGGUGAUAAAUGUCUGCUGGUCCAGCGGUUAGCUGCUCAAUAAUUAUGCCAACAGCAGCGGAAAAUGAUCAAAUCAGAAAGGAGCCGUUUGUGUCCAAGCGUAUGAGCAAAGGUAUUCGGAAAACACUUUUUUCCACAUUCUGUCAAAUUAAUACCGCAAACUUCUGCGUAUUUUGUUGGGAUUUUAUGUGAUUGCAGCACAAAGAGUGUUGUUGAAGGGAGCUGAUUUAUCGCUCCUGGCUCAGAGGUUGCUAGAUUUACUUUGCUGCAGUUGCAGCUUUUGGUCUUUUAGGUUCGUCUCUACCGGCUCUGUGAGUGUUUUCCUGUUCUUUAAGCUUUGAGAAUGUCUGGAUUUGCUUAGUCUAAAGUUGGGACUGGAACAGUUUAACAUGCUUUGAUCUGAAAUCUGCGGCUCCAGAGAAACAUGUGGCUCUCGCAAAACCAGCACGGAAAUGUUUUUGAUUCUGGAUUCACCAAGAAAUGGAGAGUUUGUCCAUAAGUUCAUAUGCAAAAUCUGCUUUUAGUACCUGCGACCAGGUUUCAACAGCAACUAGCGUCAAACUGUUACAAACAUUUUCAAUGUCUUUUUCUUUUAUUUUAGUUCUAAACUCUGAAAAUUUAAAAAUAUAUAUAUAUUUUAAAUUUGGUUUCAUAGCAAAACAUUUUAUGUGGAACAUGUUUAGAAAUUGUUUUAUCUUGUAAACCAGCUCUUUAAAUUUGAAAGGUUUCUGACUCCCUCAAUUGGAGCUGAAGAAAACAAUCUGUACAGCAUGAUGCUGCCACCACCGUGUCUCACCAUCGUUACGUUGCAUUCUGGGCUGUCAGAUUAAAAGGGGAUGUAAAAUUUACAUUUUUAUUUCUCAAUUGGAAAAACAUGUUUUCUUCCAGUUCACCAAUAUCUUUUACUCCGUCAUAUAAAAUCCCAAUAAAAUCAGUUUUGUGGUUUGAAGGUGAGAAAAUGUGAUGUAAACCUUUGUGAGGCGGAAACAAACGCCACCAUGAGUUUCUUUUUCUUUGUCACCGCUUAACGUCUUGUGCAUUAGUUGAAUUCUCAGCUGAGUUGUGAUUGAACGACGGGGAUCGCUCGCUUCCACACGGAUGUUGAACUGUGAUUGUGUGCUGCCUCAGUGCUUCAGCUCGUUGCUCCUUCAGUGUCGCCUCAGACCUGUUCAGCUUCAGCGCUAAAAACUGCAACUACGCCUGUGUUGUCGUUCUUCUUCUUCUGUGCCUUUUUCAUAUUCCUGAAGCUGCACAUCCAUUUGUACCACAAAUAUAGUACAUAUAUUGAGCCAUGUAUAAUGUCAUGAAGGUAUUUUCUUAAAAAAUAUCAUAAAUUUGCAUAUUUAAUGAAAUAUUAGUUGCAACCCAGUGAAUGUCUUCCUUCGGUGUUGGAUGUUAUGGAUGAUAAGUCAGCGGUGUGGGAAUCUCUGUCGGUGAGUGCUCUGACUUUUCUUAUCGACAGCUUUUGUACUUUGAGUUCUUGAGAAAUGAAGACAAUCCAAUAGAUAUCAGCUGUAUUUAUUUCUCUGCUAUGAUUUACAACACAGACGACAUUCGUAGUCCGAGCUGCUCAGUUAGCGCAUUGAUCCGCUGGUGGGAGGAGUACCUGGAGAGAACCAAUGCAUCCACAGAGAGAACAUGCAAACUCAGACCAGGAUUUGAUGUUUCUCUAUGAUUUUUGUAUUUUUUAUUUUUUUGGUCUUUUAGUUGUGCCUAAAAUUUUCUCUGGUCUUCCCGAUGAAAAUGUUCUUGGGACGCCGCUGGAUUCGAACGCAGCGUCUUGUUGCUGCAAGGCAACAUGGCUACCAACUGUUCAAUAGGAAAAGAAAUCUGUGAACAUAUGCCAUCUGAACUGGAGUUUAAAUCACCAUAUUAAAUGGGUAAAUAUUAGUUGUCUGAGCUCAAGUGGAUCCUUUCUGUGUUUGGCUGGUAGCAGGACGAACCAGGAAGUAAAAAUAAGUUAGAGAGAGCACACUUCACUAACACAAAGCCUUAUUUGAAAUUUAGAAAUUAUUAGUUUACGUUUACUUAUUAAUCAUGUUGCACCUCUAGUUUUUCUUAGAUUUAGGGGUGCAAUAAGUUUUCCGUCAUUGCAAGCUUCCAAUGUUUGACAUCUUAUUUUAAAAAACUAGGGAGACAUUUUUAACUCAAAAUGUUUUCUGGAGGCAUUAUCAUCUUCAUCACUGAAUUGAAUUCACAGUCAGUUUUCCAGAACACACUUCAAGGAUUUGCAUUUAAGCAACCGGUGGCAUUGCUGUUUUUAAAUUGUUUUCAAAUGUCACAAAUAGAUACACUGACUUAUUUUCAUACUUUUAGUGCAGAGUGCAGUGUGUGAGCUUGACCCAUUCAAAAAGUGAGGGUUUAACGUAAACGUCGCAGGGCUCAGUGGUGGUUGUAAACUUCCUGGUUUCUGGACAAAUGGUUUGAAAUGACGGGACGCAGUGGGACAUGCCUCGUCUCGUCUCAUCCUUACUGUGGCAGGCGGCUACUAUCUUCAUCACCAGCAGCAGCAAAAGCCUCCGUGGGCUCGGUGGAUUAGAAGGAUGCAGACAUUCUUCAACAUGAAGCCCCCUCUGUAAGGUAGAGGAGCAACUCUUCAAUGAAAUCCAUGCAUGUCACAGUGAACCUCAUCCACCACACGUAUCUCAGCUCUUUCCAAGAAACUCUGAUUAAUCACAAUUACAAAGAGGAAUGUGCAGCUGUUUUUUCUUUAAUAAAUAGUUAUUUGAAAUAAUGUGAAAAGUGACUGUAACACCCCACCUUGUCCAAAAGAUGGCGCUAUUUUCUUGUAUCAGGAUCAACUGAAAUCUCCCGAGUCAUUAUAAAUUACCUCAAACUAUCAGCAAUCCUUUUAAAGCAAGUCUGUAAAUGCAUCAUCGUAGAUCAGACUGAUUGCAUUUAUUUUUUGCGCUUUGAACUUGAUUAAAAUGUUAAUUUUCUGAAAAACAAUUUCAACAAUAGUCUUUGUUGUCUCAGUCUGCUGCAGCCAGAGGUUGAAAAAAAAGUCUAAAACUGAACUUUGUCAAAAUCUUUUUUUAUUUGAGGUUCACAUUGUGGAACAUUUUGUGGACAAACAUUGUUGAGAUCUCUUUCCCAUCGUCGUCCUCAGCUGCUUUCGUCAUGGAAGGUGAAUCUGUGUUUAUUUAGUUGUGUCGUUAUAAUUGGUAUUAGUGGUGUUCACAAUGUUAUGCUUGUUCACAUUUCCUCUACACUUUCAGCUCCUUACUCCCUUGACCCUCAAGAGGAACCGACUAAUUUCAGGCUGCAAGUUUUAAAUAAAACAAAAAAAAAAUCCAUCCUGCCUGGUUUAGUAAAGCUUCAAAAAAUCAAAUGGAUAAAAAUGGAUCAUCUCAAGCAAAACCUUACUCAGGGGAAAUUGACCUUCUGUUCGUUUGUGUUCAAGUUCUUGAUGCUAAGCUACAUGUUUGGUCCAGUCAGCUCGACUCUGGACCAAAUGAACUGAAUUUGUUUUUGUUACGUCCCUAUUUAGGUCUAUUUUGUGUUUUAUAUGUUUUUCCUCAUAUGGCAGAAAUCAGAAGUAAUUCAAGCUUGAAAAAGACGGUAUUGCGUCCAACUUCAGUAAAGUUAGAAACAAUCAGGAUAGUAGAGAUGAUAUGAAAAGUGAACAGAACAGUGAGAACACUUUUAAUUUUAAAUCUAUUUAGAACUAUUAUAUAUAACUAUUGUUUUUGUUUGUUUUUUUAAGCUGAAGACAAUAAAACUAGUAUAAACAG